AUGUGCUCGAAGUUUUGCAAGUCUAUGAUCCAGACAUACGUUUCUGCAGCUCUUGGUUCUGUUGUCUCAAACGCUGUUGUUCGUGGCAUUUCUGGUGCCCAAACACCAAUUGAUUGGGCAGGUGUUGCUAUUGGCGGCCUUCAGACAGGUACAGCUUUCAUUUCAUACCCAGUUGCUCUUAAGAUCCUCUCUGAUCACUGCGAAUCCUUCAAGAAGGAUCUUGAAUCACCAAAUGGCAACAAGGCCAAGGUUUACAUCCUCGGUGGUGCUCUUGGCGCUGCUAUCAUUGCAGUUGUCAACUUCCCACUCAGCAAGCUUAACCAGGCUCGCCAAGGAAAGUGCGAAAAGAAGGGAUGCUGCGCUUGCAACUUCGCAAAAGGAAUGGCAGGAACAUUCGUUGAUCAACUUGGUGCUUCGAUUGGCUUCGCUGCUACAAACAAUACAUUAGGACCAAUGAUUCCAGUUCCACACAACUCAUUCCUUGCCUACCUCCGUGCUAACUCACUUGUUCAGAUCUCCAACGUCGGUGGCAAGUUACUUUCAUAUCCAAUCCUUGCUUAUCGCCAUGGAGCAACACUUCCAGGAUUACUUGGCGGAUACUUCAGAACAGCACACGGACCAUGGAUCACUGGUGAUGCCUGCAACUUCUUCAAGGGAGUUUUCACAUGCAUUCUCGAGUAA